AUGGAUAAAAUUAACUCAAAUCAGUUAAAUAUUAAUGAUAAUGUAGCGUCAAUCGACCCAGAAGAAGAACAUUCAUCAUCAUCAUCAUCAUCGUCAUCUUUAUUUGUUCGUCAACAAUCUUUAAACAAUGGUCAACAAGAAAAAACACGUCAUUAUCAACUAAAAGCACCAUUAUGUGUAUCACAACGAUAUGAAGAAGAAUUUUUUGAUCAUUUUCAUAUGAAUUAUUUUGGUGAACUUGAACGUGAAGGUUUAUUUUUAGCUUCGAUUCGAUCUAUUCAAACAAAAUCAAAUGAACUAUAUAGAAAACAAUCAUCUCGUUAUUCAACGACAAAUGAUGAUGAAAAUCAACAUUUACUUCGAGCCAUUAUUCGUACACAAGAUAACAAUUAUGAUAUAUCAGGGAUAAUAAAUGUCAAAAAUGAAGAAAAUAUUGUACAAUUUCUAUUAGACAAGACUGAAUUGUCAUCUAUUCGUCAUGUUGAGCUUAUUCACGAUAUCAACGCAAAUGGAAAAAUUCUUGAUUUUGAUAAAUAUAAUGAUGAACAACUUUCAACUAAAGUUGGUAUUGUUUAUCAACAUUUAAAUCAAUCAAAUGAAAUUGAAAUAUUAAGUAAUAAUCAAAUGUCGAUUGAAAUGGAAAAUUUUCUAAAUUUAAUUGGUGAAUGUGUUGAAUUAAAAAAUUUUAAUAAAUAUCGUGGUGAUCUUGAUAUAAAAACAGAUCAACAUGGAACUCAUUCUUAUUUUACUAUGUAUCAAAAUCAUGAAAUUAUGUUUAAUGUAGCACCAAUGAUUCCAUCAAAUAAAAAUGAUCUAGAAUUUAUUCGAAGAAAAAGUUUAAUUGCUAAUGCAUUAAUAUGUAUUGUUUUUCAAGAUAGAAGUGAACUUUUAUUUCAACCCGAUAUUUUUCUUGGAAAAGUAACACAAGCCUAUAUUAUAAUACAACCGAUUCAAAUUAAAUCUGAUCUUUAUUACAAAAUUGAAAUUUGGCGUCGUCCUGAUAUUGAUCCAAUAGUUGAUCCAUCUGGUGGUAUUUUUAAACAUGACAAAUCAUUUCGAGAUUAUUUUCUUACAUUAAUUUUAAAUACAAUGAAUAUUAUUUUAAAAAAAGAUUUUUUUCACAAACGUAUUAUUGAACAAAGAUCUCGUUUGAAGAAUGAAUAUCUUAUAAAACUUUCUCAAAUAUUUUAUUCCUAUUCUAAAUAUAAUUUAUCAACGUUAUAUAACAAUAAUGAUAAUAUACCUAUUGAAAAUUCAAAUAUAAAAGACAACGUAACACCUAAAUACCAUCAUCUUCCUAUUAUAACGAAAAUAAUCGAAAGAUUAAAUACUAAUAAUAAUCAAUCAAAACGACGUGUUUCAUAUGCAGCAGGGAUGGAAAAAAUAAGUCUAUCAGACAGUGAAAUGUCUUCAUCAAUAACAAAACAAAAUCCUUUGACACCAUUCAAUAACAAAAUAAAACGCAUUUCAUCUAUGAAAUCAAAUGUUAUACGUCCACACUCGACAAAGAAAGUCGAAUCUCCAUUAUUACCAUUCAAUCGUGUUAUUCGUCAACAAGAAGAAGAUUCAAAAUCAAAAGAAUCAUCAACAGAAGCAAUUUCAUCAUUGAUUACAAAUAUAGUACAUACUGUUGGACCGAAUCCUGAAAUGUAA